UUCUUAUUAUGUUUUUCGAUUUUUCUAAUUACUUUUGGAAAUCUGGUCACACUUAAGACGCAGGUACAUCCACGGUACAGCCUCGGCGAAAAAAGUGUAUUGUCCAAUUAAUUUGAAGCAUUAUUUUGACUAAAUAACGUAAAACUUUGCCCAGUGCGUUGGGAGAGAUGACGCGCAUAACUAGAAGUGAUAUAUCACUUGAUAUGGAGUGCUGGGUAGAGGAGCUAUCGCCAGCCCAGUUAGCCUACUACGAGAAAAUCACAAAUGAGCACAACGCUGUGAAAAAUGCGCUCAAAUCCGCCGUCAGCGCCAAUGAAGGCAAGGAACUGUUUAAUGGUCAAGUGUUUCAGGCAUACUCUUUCAAAGGUAAGGUGCUGCAGGAGCUGAAGGAGGCCACGUUGCCAAAGAAGCCGCCAAAGCCAGAUAUACCACCCCCAACUCCUGCCGUUGCUGCUGCUGGUGGCGGUGGCUCAGGGCGAGGGCGGGGUCGACCACGUCUGUCGUCGAAUAUUGCCUAUUUGGAGUCAUCGGACGAGGGCGAUGACGACGUACCACUGGCCAAGCGCUUAGCCCUAUCUGCCGGUAAAAAAGCUGUUGCUGCUUCUGUCAGUCCGGCAUCAACCACAUCGAAAGUGGGUAAAAAGUCAGGUGCAACUGCAGCUGCAUCGCCUACUGGCAAGUCUUCACCACAGCCCAAAGGUGGCAAAGGGUCUGGCUUAGGAUCCAGUAGCAAACUAUUAGGUUCUGGCGAAGCGCCGCCCAAAAACUUCCGUCCUGCGGAGGUCAAUUCAGUGGGUGGUCUGGUAGUGGGCAGUAACGAUGACAGUACGAGCAAAGAUGGUAAAGACUCAAAGGAUGGCAAGGACACGAAAAUGCAGGGGAAAACAUAUCCAUCACUGGUUGUGCUGGCCAAGCCAUUCCUCAAGGUUAAAGAUAUGGCAGCUACGCGCAGCAAAUUAGACUCCAAGGUCAAACUCGUACUAAUGUUAACUCCCAAUAAGUUCUGCGAGUGGUUGCUUCAAGAAGGAUUGUUGCGCGCACAGCAGCACUGCAUUAAUCAUCGCAAUAACGAACUCAAGUUAGGUGUUUACUCAGACAUUAGCAAGUUCCCGUAUACCGGCGGAUAUGUGUGGAUUAGCGAGUGUUGUCCAUAUCGGUUCGUAUCGGUGUUCAACAAUUCCAUAUUUGAAGGGGCUCAGCAUCCGCCAACAUUUCUGCUCAAGCUAAUAUAUCAUUGGGCCUGCCAGACCAGCAUCCAGAACGUUGUGCAGUGGGUAAAGGUUGACAGUGUUUACAUCAAAGGAAUUUACACGUGGCUACGUGCUAUCUGCACCUUAGCAGUGCAUCAAAAGUGCAAAAAACUGGGUGGUCCCGGCAAGUUUGUGGAGGUGGGGGUCAUCUCAUUGGGCACCACGUCGCAGGAUGGCGCACAACGUCAAGUGAAGGUUGAAGUCCUUGGCGUCUACGAUUAUGCAGACAAAUCCAUACGGCUGCGUGCCGUAGAGCCAAUUACCGAUGGUGAUCGCAACUAUAAAAAGCGCUUUCAGGCAAUUUUAGAGCCGCUUUCCCGUUGGGUGCACAAGGACAGCACAAUUUGUAUAGAUUUGACUGUAGAUAAGAUAACACUCUUUAGCAUGGGCUUUAAGAACAUUGUACAAGCUGCAGCCACUGACAAUGCAGCGAAGCACAAUAAUUCGGCGGUCAUGGAGUACUUGCGUCGCAUUGUACCACGCAUGUUCCAGAAUACGCUUUCAUUGCUUUCUCGUCAGAUGAUACAACAGUUCCUCGAUGAGCUGGUCUGGCGCGAAUCUUUUGGAACGUAUGCACUGCAGGCAUUUAAUAAUAUUAUCAUACAUAUUGCUGAGCAGACCCGCGUUACCACCAAUGAGACCAUUACACAGCGCCUGUAUCAGGUUGCAACAAAUCCGUUUAAAGACUGGAGCGUACUACCUCCCAAUUACAAGGAGACACCGGCCAAUGCCACGCCCAAGCGCCUCAAGAAACCUAUCAGUGAUUCAGACUAUGUGAAUGCCAGCAAGGAUUAUUCAAGUAAAGUUAAGAAAGAAAAGGAGCGUGAAAAGGAAAAGGAUGUUUUACCAGCGGGAAGUAAGCGUCGUGGCACCGUUAGCACGCCUCCACCUGUCGCAGUUAGUAAACCCGCUAGCAAGGCAGCUAGCUCUAAGCUGUCAUUAAAAACAGGACCUACUAAAACGAAUACGCCAGUUGUGACGCCGGCCAAGGUACCAAUCAAAAAGCCCAAGGAGGCAAAGGACGAGAAAGAGAAGGUACCUGUGGUUAUCAAAAAGGAGGAAGACGAGCUCAAGGGUCUUGAGGAACUCUAUUAUGGUAUUAGCGAUGGUACCGAAGAGUUUUAUGAGCAUUUUCCCUAUAGCUCGCCUCGAGCUAAUCCAGCUGAGCUGACCAGAACUGUGGAGUGUCCAAUUUGCUUGAACGGCGAUACUUAUGACUCCAAUGAGAAGCUGCAGACUCAUUUGGUGUCACACAUCUCGCCCGAGGGUAAACAACACCAGUUCCAGUGUCUGUUUUGUCUGGAGAAGCAUGCAACCGAAUCUGUGCUGGCUAAGCACAACCAAAUCAUGCAUCCUACCGAAACCAAGACAGAUGGCUCUCCAUCCUAUCAUUGCUUGAUUUGCCAGCAACGACACAAUUCUUUGCAUCUGCUUACCGCUCAUCUACAGAAAGUGCACAGCACUCUGGAACUACCCUACUGGUGUCAGUCCUGCGGCUAUCGCUCCUCCUCUCAUCGUGAUCUGGUCCGGCACUUUUACGACGAUCACAAGAAUCAAAACUUUUUGCAAUGCCCCUACUGUCUCGAUAUCUUUUACUUCACUCACAAAGGCAAGGUCAAUCAGCUGCGGGUUGAACAUUAUUUUAUGCAUUUGGAUGAGCACGUCAACAAGCGUGAUCCGACACUACGCUGUCAGAAAUGUUCUCUGAGCUUUUUGGAGAAGGGUGACUUGAAGCAGCAUGCAGUACUGCAUCAUGUCAGUAUGACCAAGACGAAUAAACCAGUUCGACUGCUGUUGAACAAUUCCCUUCUAAUUCCUCCGCCCAAGGUUCGCACUCAUCAUCGUGAGCAGCCGCCAUUCUCGACUUAUAAACGACCAGUUUUCUUUGCUUUCCUUGAGGGCAAAACCUGCGCUGAGUGCAAUACAGAUAUCGCCAGUGAGGAGACGCAUUACACCGGUUGGCUGCAUUGCGUAAAGUGUAAUUAUCAGACAUGCUGCGAGCGCGCCCAGUUCCGCCAUGGCGUCGAUUGUAAUGGUAAUUUUGUGGAUGCAAUGGAAGUAAAUUUGCCGCAGGAAAUGCAUUGUAUCUGUGGCUUUGCCACAAGCAAUGGCAAUAAAAUGGCACAGCAUUUGGCUAGUUGUGGUCUGAGCACCUGUUACCCCAGUUUAGAAGCCGCCAGCGAGAAUGCCGUAAAGCGCAAUAUGCUGGAUAUGUUGGGUCUGGUUCGUCGUGACGGUGAAACAUCAGGCGAGGGCGGUGAAAUGGGCGAUGAUGCCAUGGAUGAUAAUAGCGAUAUGCUACCAACGCCAGAAGAUGGCCAACAGCACCACCAGCAGCAACAGGUGGAACAGCAACAUCCAGACGAUCAACAGGAGCACCUGCAACAUCAUCAGGAACCGUCACAAGCUCCGCAAGUGAAUAUGCAAACCGAUGAACAGCAGCAAGGGGAAUAUAUUGAGCCCCAGCCAGUGCCUGAGCCAAUCUCUCAUCUGGCCGAACCACGACAGGAUCAGCAGCAGGAGCAGCAACAUCAGCAGCAGCACCAGCAACAGCAGCAGCAGCAACAUCAGCAGCACUCAACGCCAAUACAAUUUGGUGAAAUGGAGGCAGCGCCUGUCAUGCUAGAUCCGCAAGUUCAAGCUGCUGCCGAAUACGCUCAGGUGUCUGUGGUGCAGCAGCAGCAGCAACAACACCACCACCAACAGCAGCCAUAUGGAAUGACUGGCUACGGCCAGAGUGCUCUUUCAACAGAUAUUGAUAUGCCACUAAUUGGUGAGCUAGCUGAACCCAACGCUCCGCCAACACCUCAGUUUCUCGGUGAAGUGCAUACUCCCAUGUUCGAUGCAGUGGCCGCAGCCGAGCAACAACAUUAUCAUGCCCAGCAGCAGCAGCAACAGCAUCUUCACCACCAUCAUCAUCACCCCCAAUGAUACAAAGCGAUGGGCAAGCUUAAACCACGCGAUUACACUCUGCCUUGGCAGAAUUACUAGACAUAGAUUCACCGAUUUACAAACAUAUUCAUGUAUAUUGUUGAGUAUAAAUUGUAUUAAAUUACAUACAUUACAAUUUUGUAGAUGAGCAUCUAAAUAUUGCACAGUAAAUAUUGAUCGAUAUUUGUAAAACAUUAAAAACAUAACUGUACUUGUCCACACAAGAAAAAACAUAAAAUAAAAAUAU